CUCAGCACGCCACCGCCAGACAUGAAGAGCCUGCUCCUGGUGGUGCUGGCGGCCGUGGUGGCCGCCGUGGCGGCGGAGGACAACCGGGACAAGCUCAUCCCGGAGUACAUGGCGGCGGCCAUGGACUGCGUCAAGGACUACGAGAUGGACUUCACCGUCUGCAAGGAGAUGAUGAAGGACGGCACGGACCUCAACCAGGAGAAGUUCACGCCCUGCAAGUGCGUGCCCGCGUGCGUGGCCAAGAAGCGCAAGCUCAUGUCCGAGGACGGCGAGUACGACGUGGACGCCUUCACCAAGGCCGUGCACGAGUUCGGAUACGACCCCUGGUCCGACGAGUACAAGCGGGUGUUCCCCACCUGCAAGGACUCCUACAAGGGCAAGAAGAACUGCGAGGCGGCCGCAGCACUUGCAGUGUGCGCGUGGAAGAACUCCAAGAUGAUGCGUGACAUCGUCGGCCAGUACAUGGGCUCCGACGAGUAGCCCACCCUCGCGCCCCGCCGCGCCCCGCCGCGCCCCGCAACGCCC